AGAAAUCUCUGCCUGUCUCAGAGACAACCAAACUCGGGAAACAUGUUUGCAGUACACUUGAUGGCGUUUUACUUCACCAAGCUGAAGGAGGACCAGAUCAAGAAGGUGGACAGGUUCCUGUAUCACAUGCGGCUCUCAGAUGAGACCCUCGUGGACAUCAUGGCCCGGUUCCAGGCCGAGAUGGAGAAAGGCCUGGGGAAGGACACCAACCCCACUGCGUCAGUAAAGAUGCUGCCCACAUUCGUUAGGGCCAUCCCAGAUGGCUCAGAAAACGGGGGAUUCCUUUCCCUGGAUCUUGGAGGAUCCAAGUUUCGGGUCUUGAAGGUACAGGUCUCUGAAGAGGGGAAGCAGAAUGUCCAAAUGGAGAGUCAGUUCUACCCAAUGCCUAAUGAAAUCAUCCGCGGGAAUGGCACAGAGCUCUUUGACUAUGUAGCUGACUGCCUGGCAGAUUUCAUGAGAACCAGAGAUCUGACGCAUAAGAAGUUGCCCCUGGGCUUUACCUUUUCUUUUCCCUGCAGACAGACUAAGCUGGAGGAGGGCUUCCUGCUUUCAUGGACCAAGAAGUUCAAGGCCCGGGGAGUUCAGGACACAGACGUGGUGGGCCGCCUUGCCAGCGCCAUGAAAAAGCACAAGGACCUGGACGUGGACAUCCUGGCCUUGGUUAAUGACACUGUGGGGACCAUGAUGACUUGUGCGUAUGAUGACCCCAGCUGUGAAGUCGGUGUGAUCAUUGGAACAGGCACCAAUGCAUGUUACAUGGAGGACAUGAGCAACAUUGACCUGGUGGAAGGUGACGAGGGAAGGAUGUGCAUCAACACGGAGUGGGGGGCCUUCGGGGACGAUGGGGCUUUGGAGGACAUUCGCACGGAGUUUGACAGAGAGCUGGACCUUGGCUCGCUCAACCCUGGGAAGCAACUGUUUGAGAAGAUGAUCAGUGGCCUAUACAUGGGGGAGCUGGUUAGGCUCAUCUUACUAAAGAUGGCCAAAGUCGGUCUCCUCUUUGGGGGUGCAAAAUCCUCCGCCCUCCACACAAAGGGCAAGAUUGAAACACAGCAUGUGGCUGCCAUGGAGAAGUAUAAAGAAGGCCUGGCCAACACGAGGGAGAUCCUGGUGAAUCUUGGCCUGGACCCCUCCGAGUCAGACUGUAUUGCUGUCCAGCAUGUGUGUACCAUUGUCUCUUUCCGCUCGGCCAAUCUCUGUGCUGCUGCUCUGGCAGCCAUCUUGACACGCCUCCGAGAGAAUAAGAAGCAGGCCCGGCUCCGCACCACAGUGGGCAUGGAUGGGACCCUCUACAAAAUACACCCUCAGUACCCCAAACGCCUGCACAAGGUGGUGAGGAGACUGGUCCCAAACUGUGAUGUCCGCUUCCUCCUGUCAGAGAGUGGCAGCACCAAGGGGGCCGCUAUGGUGACCGCAGUAGCCUCUCGGGUGCAGGCCCAGCGUAAGCAGAUUGACAAGGUGCUGGCUUUGUUCCAUCUGACCAGAGAGCAACUCAUGGGUGUGCGGGACAAGAUGCGGACUGAGCUAGAGUACGGGCUGAAGAAAAAGACUCAGGCUCUGGCUACGGUGAAGAUGCUCCCCACCUAUGUCUAUGGCAUGCCUGAUGGCACAGAGAAAGGGAAGUUUCUUGCCCUGGAUUUGGGGGGAACUAACUUCCGAGUUCUCCUGGUGAAGAUCAGAAGUGGACGGAGGUCAGUGCGAAUGUACAACAAGAUCUUUGCCAUCCCCCUGGAGAUCAUGCAAGGCACUGGUGAGGAGCUGUUUGACCACAUCGUGCAGUGCAUCGCUGACUUUCUGGACUACAUGGGCCUUAAGGGGGCACAGCUGCCUUUGGGCUUCACAUUCUCCUUUCCCUGCAGACAGACCUGCAUUGACAAGGGUACUCUGGUAGGGUGGACCAAAGGCUUCAAGGCCACUGACUGUGAAGGGGAGGAUGUGGUGGACAUGCUCAGAGACGCCAUCAAGAGGAGAAACGAGUUUGACCUGGACAUAGUUGCAAUCGUGAAUGACACGGUGGGGACCAUGAUGACAUGCGGCUAUGAAGAUCCCAAUUGUGAGAUUGGCUUGAUUGCAGGGACAGGAAGCAAUGUGUGCUACAUGGAGGAGAUGAGGAACAUUGAGCUGGUGGAAGGGGAUGAAGGGCGGAUGUGUAUCAACACAGAGUGGGGGGCCUUUGGAGACAAUGGCUGCAUAGAUGACAUCUGCACCCAGUACGACAAGGAAGUGGAUGAGGGCUCAUUGAAUUCAGGCAAGCAGAGAUAUGAGAAAAUGACCAGUGGGAUGUACCUGGGGGAGAUUGUGAGGCAGAUCCUGAUCGACCUUACCCGGCAAGGGCUCCUCUUCCGGGGGCAGAUUUCAGAGCGACUCCGGACCAGGGGUAUCUUUGAAACCAAAUUCCUGUCCCAGAUUGAAAGUGACCGACUGGCCCUCCUGCAGGUCAGGAGGAUCCUGCAGCAGCUGGGCCUGGACAGCACGUGUGAAGACAGCAUUGUGGUGAAAGAGGUGUGUGGGGCCGUGUCUCGGAGGGCUGCCCAGCUCUGUGGCGCAGGCAUGGCUGCCAUCGUGGAGAAAAGGAGAGAAGACCAGGGGCUUGAGCACUUCAAGGUCACUGUGGGUGUGGAUGGAACGCUAUACAAGCUGCACCCUCACUUCUCACGGAUCCUGCAGGAGACGGUGAAAGACCUGGCCCCUCAGUGUGAUGUGACAUUCAUGUUGUCAGAAGACGGCAGUGGGAAGGGAGCAGCUCUGAUCACAGCUGUAGCCAAGAGGUUACAGCAGCAGGGGAAGGAAAAGUAGGUGGCCCGCCAGGUCUGUGAUGCCCCAUGCUGACCAGGGACCACCAGAUGACCUCCUGGCCGACCUUCCCUUCUCCAGGGCCAGAAGAGAACCAGAGU